ACCCAUGAGGAGGCGAUAGAUGAGUUUCUUGUCUGAUCUUUGACAGGUCUUGGAGGAAGAGUACUGGAUUCUGUUACAAUUUAAUUCAAUUAGUUUACUAGAGUAAUCAUUAGCUUUUUUGUGUGUCUGAAACACAUUCAACCAGCUCCUGUUUGGACUUUUUUGGCAAUGGAUUGCAACAGGGAAGAAGCCAUCAGAGCCAAAAACAUUGCGGAGAAGAAGAUGCAGAAUCGGGAUUUUUCUGGGGCUCUUAAAAUUGCAAACAAGGCCCAACAACUUUUCCGGGAUCUGGAGAAUAUUUCUCAGAUGAUAAUGGUGUGUGACGUGCAUUGUGCUGCUGAGAAGCCUUUGUUUGGUAAUGAGAAGGAUUGGUAUGCCAUACUUAAGGUGGCGCAGACAGCUGAUGAAGGUACUAUAAAGAAGCAGUAUAGAAAAUUCGCCCUCCAACUUCACCCAGAUAAGAAUAAGUUUCCGGGAGCAGAAGCUGCUUUUAUGUUGAUUGGGGAUGCUCAGCGGACUCUUUUGGAUCAGGGCAAAAGAUCUGCACAUGACAUGAGGCGCAAAGUGACUGUUAAUAGACCGGCUCCGGCAGCAGCAUUUCGCCCUCCGCAGAAUCCAAGUUGGCACCCGUACACAGCUGCCCAGAAUAAUAUCCCCAACUUUUCUGGUUUGAAUUCUCAACAACAGCGACAACCACCAACUCAAGCAGGGUUCUCCAAUGGCCAGCACACUUUUUGGACCAAGUGUCCGUACUGUGCACUUAGGUUCCAAUAUUAUACAGACGUACUUAAUAGAUCUCUUAGUUGUCAAAAUUGCAGCAAGUACUUUGUUGCCUAUGACUCAGGUGCAGGUCCACAGGCAACUACUAUGAAUCAUUCGAAUUUUACUCGACAAGGAGUUGUCCAGAAUCAGAGUACUCGCGGAGUUGAUCAAGGAUCUCAAAGGAAGUUCACCACUGAGAAUGUUUUUACAGCUUUUACUCCAAAGGCGGCUAGCACUUCAGAUGCCCAAACGAAUGGUAAAAGAGGAAGGAAACAAACUGUUGAAUCCAGUGAAAGCUGUGACAGUGGGAAACAAACUGUUGAAUCCAGUGAAAGCUGUGACAGUGAAAGUAGCAUUGAGUCAGAGGAGGAUGUGGUGAUUGAUGUCGAUGAUGAAGUUUUGUCUGGAAAGAAGGUUGAUUCUCAAGUACCUCAGAAUGUGCGGAGAUCUGGGAGGCAUAAGCAACAUGUCUCUUAUAAGGAAAAUUUAAGUGACGAGGAGGAUACAAUUAAUCCCGCAAAAAAGGCCAAGGGAAGUGGAUCACACUUUGCCACUGAAGAAAUGGCUGAUGAAGACAAGCCUGUACACAAAAAUCAAGCGAAAGAAGAGAAGAAAGCAACGGACCUCAGAGCGGGUAAAAGGUUUGAGGCGGGCUUACCCAAUGGAAAGAAUACUUGGGAAGCUUCUGCUGAUGGUAUCAAGGGAAAUUCAAAACCCGAUGUUGAUGAUUCUGUGUCAAAUUCAAGUUUGAAAGAAACAAAAGAGCCCGAUCAUUUUGAUUUCCCUGACCCUGAGUUUAAUGACUUUGACAAAGAGAAGAAAGAAGAGUGUUUUUCGGUAGGGCAGAUUUGGGCUUUGUACGAUACGUUAGAUGCCAUGCCUAGAUUCUAUGCUCGGAUCAGAAAAGUUUUCUCGUCUGGGUUCAAACUGAGGAUAACUUGGCUGGAACCAGAUCCAGAUGAUGAGAAUGAAAUACAAUGGGUCAGUGAAGGUUUGCCCGCUUCUUGUGGUAACUUCAAACACGGGGAGUCUGAAAACACUGAAGAGCGUAGUAUGUUUUCCCAUUUGAUAUAUUGGGAAAAAGGGACAUAUAGAGAUACCUAUAAGAUGUUUCCAAGAAAAGGAGAAACUUGGGCCCUUUUUAGGAACUGGAACAUCAAAUGGAAGCUUGGUGCCCAGAAAUAUGAAUAUGAAUAUGUUGAGAUCUUAUCAGAGAACGCUGAAGGUGUAGGAAUAAUGGUUUCUUACUUGACCAAGGUCAAAGGGUUUGUGUGUGUCUUCGCUCCAAUGAAUAAGGAUCCAUUUCUUAUCCGACCCAAUGAACGAUUCAGGUUUUCACACAGGGUGCCGUCUUUUAUGCUGACUGGUGAAGAGAGACAAGGGGUGCCGAAAGGUUCAUUUGAACUCGAUCCUGCUUCUUUACCUGGAGAAAUUUUUGUUUCCAAGGACUUGAAGGAGGAAGGUAAUGGCAGAGAUCCUAGUAGUUCAUGUCCCAGCGAUUCAGAAACGGGGAAGCCAAUGGUAGGAUCAAAUAAUUUUGUUCCUUCAGCUUCGACUUCGAAAUCCUUUGAAAUUCCAGAAUCAGAAUUCUACUGUUUUGAUGCCGACAAAACCAAGGAGAAGUUCUGCAAUGGUCAGAUCUGGGCACUGUAUGGUGAUGAGGAUGGCUUGCCAAAGUACUACGGCGAGAUCAAGAAAAUCGACUCCCAUCCGGUUUUCAAAAUAUAUGUGAAAUGGCUUUUCCCUGUCCCGUCGGACAUGGUCGAGUGGUCUGAUCCGGACAUGCCAACUUGUUGCGGGAAAUUUGUCAUUAGAAACAGCUCCCAGGCCUACACCUCCACCGAUUCCUUUUCCCAUUUGUUAAAGGCCGAACCUACUGGUUUGAAGGGCGAAUACACCAUUGUACCUAGAAGAGGGGAAAUCUGGGCCUUGUAUCGCAACUGGACUCGCGACAUCAAAUGUUCCGACUUGGAGAACUGGGAAUAUGACAUAGUGCAGGUAUUAGAGGAUAAGUAUUUUCUCUUCAAGGUAUGUGUUUUAGACAAAGUCGACGGCUUCCACUCUGUUUUCAAGCCCCGAGUAAAAGGAAAAACGAACGUCACACUCGAAAUCCCGUGGGUCAAUCAGCUUCGAUUUUCUCAUCAGAUUCCGUGUUUCCAGCUAACCGUUGAGAGAAACGGCAGUCUAAGAGGAUGCUGGGAGCUUGAUCCUGCAGCACUGCCACCACAUUAUUAUUCCUAAUAGGAUUCAGUAACAAGAUUAUCAAGUUUAAUGAUGCAUUCCCUUUUUUUUUUCUACAUUAUGUGUACAUUACAUGAUGCUCGACAGGUCAGUGGUUUAAAAAACAUGACAGCUUGUGGCUGAUGUCUUAACUUUUGUAGGUGUAAAAGGAUGUCCUUAAUCUUCGAGUCAUAUUCUGAUGUGAAGCAAUUGUAACAUCAUUAUGAUUUUGAUGACUUAAUGUUAAUCCUGUUGUAGUCAUUUUAAUACAAGACUUUUGUCAUUA